AUGAAGCUCAACUAUGUACAGUUGUUCACUGUGGCAUGUUGGAUACUUGGAAAUGCUCAAGCUCUCACUAUAUCUACUCCGACAUCAAUGCCGGCCGGCGCAAAUGUAAGAGUUUCAAGUCUUUCCAUUAAUAGUCGCAGUUACUAUGCUCUCUUUGAUGGCGAAUUACUGGUUGCUGGGAAUGUCGUAGUCGAAGGGGCAUUGUAUGUAUACGCAUACAAUGACUCCUCGACUUUUAGUCAAUCUGUGGGGAGCUUUCUGAACAAAGGCCUGGUCGUCUUGGAUGCCAGAAAUGGCCCUGAAUCACAUUUCAGUAUAGAUCUGGGCAAAAGCUUUUCAAAUCAGGGUUUUAUGUGGUUUGGUCAGAACGUAACCACAUCUGAUCCAACCAUUGUGUCUCUGAAAUCAGGCACAUGGUCAAAUACGGGACACAUGAAGUUUCAAGGUGGAACUCCGCAGGACGUUUCUUCAGUAGUCAUGUUUGAUAAUCCUAGCGGGGUUAACAACAGUGGAAAUAUUUGUUUCACCAACUCCAUUUUGACACAGACCAGCCCGUUGACUGGAAAUGGAUGCUACAUGUUUGGAGAUGCAUCAUUUAUUCAACUUUUCCCCAGCGACCCGAAAUUAAAAUUUGACCCUCGUCUUACCAUUGCGCUCACUUCCGAUACUGCGGCUAUCACGGUAAUGGAGUUGAACAAUAAUUCCCCUCCCAACAUCAACUACAAGGUUAGAGGUUUUGGCAAUGGAAACUACAUUUACAUCGAUGGAGGCUAUUACGAUCCAGAGUACUCUGUGGCUGGCAUUCUUACAGUUAAAUCUCUCAGCGGCCCUUACUCUCUUAGUUUCGAUAUUGGCCUUGGGUACGUAUGGAAAUUUUUCGAUUUCAUCACAGACGAUAACAAUGUUGCAUACACCAUAAUCUAUUCAGAUGCAGUUCCUGGAAUGGCUGCUGUCCCGCCUUAUUGCGAUUGUCCUAGCUCAUUCCCUAAGCCUCUCGCUUACCCUGUUAUCCAAAGCUCAAGCAGUGCUUCGAGCUCGUCAUCUAGAUCUUCGUCUAGUAUCAACUCAAGCUCCUCUUCCAGCUCAUCUUCGACAUCAGGCUCGUCCUCUAGAUCUUCGUCCAGUAACGUCUCAAGCUCCACUUCCAACACAUCUUCGAAAUCAAGCUCGGCUGUAAGCUCUUCAUCGACUUUAAGUUCGGCUGCAAAUCUGAGCUCUCGUUCCAGAACAAGUUCAACAGCACAACAAAGUUCUUCAUCCCAAUCCAGUUCCUCUUCUCGAACUAGUUCAUCUUUCCGAAUGAGCUCCUCUUCCCAAAUGAGAUCCUCUUUCCAGACGAGAUCCUCUUCUCAGUCGAGUUCUUCUUCUCGAUUGAGUUCAUCUUCUCAGUCUAGCUCACCUUCUCAAUCGAGUUCUUCUUCCCAAAUGAAGUCCUCUUCUCAGUCGAGUUCUUCUUCUCGAUUGAAUUCCUCUUCUCAGUCUAGCUCACGUUCUCAAUCGAGGCUCUCUUCCCAGUCGAGGCUCUCUUCUCAGUCUAGCUCACCUUCUCAAUCGAGUUCUUCUUCCCAAAUGAAGUCCUCUUCUCAGUCGAGUUCUUCUUCUCGAUUGAGUUCAUCUUCUCAAUCGAAACUCUCUUCUCAGUCUAGCUCACCUUCUCAGUCGAGGCUCUCUUCUCAGUCUAGCUCACCUUCUCAAUCGAGGCUCUCUUCCCAGACGAGCUCCUCUUCUCAGUCGAGUUCUUCUUCUCGAUUGAGUUCCUCUUCUCAAAUGAGGUCCUCUUCUCAGUCGAGUUCUUCUUCUCGAUUGAGUUCCUCUUCUCAAAUGAGGUCCUCUUCUCGAUUGAGUGCUUCUUCUCGAUUGAGUUCAUCUUCUCAGUCCAGCUCGCCUUCUCAAUCGAGGGUUUCUUCCCAGACGAGCUCCUCUUCUCAGUCGAGUUCUUCUUCUCGAUUGAGUUCCUCUUCUCAAAUGAGGUCCUCUUCUCAGUCGAGUUCUUCUUCUCGAUUGAAUUCCUCUUCUCAGUCUAGCUCACGUUCUCAAUCGAGGCUCUCUUCCCAGACGAGCUCCUCUUCUCAGUCGAGUUCUUCUUCUCAAAUGAGUUCCUCUUUUCAAACUAGUCCCUCUUCCCAAACGAGUUCUUCUCCUCAAACAAGUUCUUUUUCCCGUUCUUCUUCCCAAAUGAGUUCUUCCCAAAUGAGUUCUUCCCAAAUGAGUUCUUCCCAAAUGAGUUCUUCCCAAAUGAGUUCUUCCCAAAUGAGUUCUUCCCAAAUGAGUUCUUCCCAAAUGAGUUCUUUAUCCACAACUAGUUCCUCUACCUUAAUCAGCUCUUCCACUAAAAGCAUUUUUGGCUCAAACUCUGCAUCCGAUACAGUGCUGAGUGUGUCCACUGCCAUGUCUUCAAAGUCUGAUGCUCUGACUCAAAUUGCUCAACCUAGCUCCUCUGCUCAAUCUCGUUCCGAAACCAGCAGUCAAAUGAGUGACUCACACUCUGAAAUUGCAUCCAAUACUAGCUCAGACGUCCCUUCAUCCAGUUCAUCGAUGCUGAGCUUGCGUUUCGAUACAUCAUCGGCCAGUGCACUGUCUUCGAAUUUUGUUUCCGCCCUCAGUAUUAUGAGUAGCUCUCUCAUUUCUGUCACAAAAAUAGGAUCAACAUCAAAACCAGCUCUCACCACCAUGGCUCCGUAUGUCCCUACGACGUACGUAAAAGCUUCUUCAAGCAGUGGUCUUAUCGAUAGUCUGGCCUCAAUCUCCAGGUUCAGUGGGUACAACAGUUCAAGUAGUAACACAAACACCGCCGCACCCGGAUGCUUGACGUGCGCAUUGUCUUCCGAAGAAAAUUCCAGGUUCACCACCUUGAAACCUGAAGUAUUCUCUUCUGGCAGCCUGGAUUCACCAGGUAGUGUCUCAACCGCUAUCAACGAAGCUUCGGCUGCAAGCAGUGCCGAGUCAACCACCACAGUCACAUUUACCUCUUGCAAGGAAUUGAAGUGUUCGUUGAUAACUACGGAGUUCAAAGUAUCUUCUGUUUAUAUACCUACUGGCACAGUUCCUACCGGAAUUUCAGGCUCGAGUUUGGAAAUCCUCAGUCAAACGCCCGCUGGGCCCUCAACGACGCAAUCGAGCCCUAAAUCCCAAACAAUUCUUUUCGUUUCUUCUUCAGGCACGAACUCGGGAGACUGGCCUCCAAAAGUCACCACUGUUUCAAUUGAAGCAAUCGGAAACUCUGGUGCUCUCGUAAAGAUCAGUGUCGCAUUAGCCAUUCUCUCACUGCUUCUUUCACUUUAA